CCAAAAUGUCCCGUAGAUCCAGUGCCGGUUUUGACCGCCACAUUACCAUUUUUUCGCCCGAAGGUCGGCUCUACCAAGUAGAAUAUGCUUUUAAAGCUAUUAACCAAGGUGGCCUUACAUCAGUAGCUGUCAGAGGGAAAGAUUGUGCAGUAAUUGUCACACAGAAGAAGGUACCUGAUAAAUUAUUGGAUUCCAGCACAGUGACUCACUUAUUCAAGAUAACCGAAAACAUUGGCUGUGUGAUGACAAGAAUGACAGCUGACAGGGGCGGCGCCUCUGACAGCAGAUCCCAGGUACAGAGGGCUCGCUAUGAGGCAGCUAAUUGGAAAUACAAGUAUGGCUAUGAGAUUCCCGUGGACAUGCUGUGUAAAAGAAUUGCUGACAUUUCUCAGGUCUACACACAGAAUGCUGAAAUGAGGCCUCUUGGUUGUUGUAUGAUUUUAAUUGGUAUAGAUGAAGAACAAGGCCCUCAGGUGUACAAGUGUGAUCCUGCGGGUUACUACUGUGGGUUUAAAGCCACUGCAGCAGGAGUUAAACAAACUGAGUCAACCAGUUUCCUUGAAAAAAAAGUGAAGAAGAAAUUUGAUUGGACAUUUGAACAGACAGUGGAAACUGCGAUUACAUGCCUGUCUACUGUUCUGUCAAUUGAUUUCAAACCUUCAGAAAUAGAAGUUGGAGUAGUUACAGUUGAAAAUCCUAAAUUCAGGAUUCUUACAGAAGCAGAGAUUGAUGCUCACCUUGUUGCUCUAGCAGAGGGAGAUUAA